AGAUGGCCCUUUACUGGUGACUUGCGACUUGCGACUAUUGUAGAAUGGCCCCAAGUAUUUUGUGGAACUUUCUCAAGCAUAUAGGCAAGACAAUUUAACUAAGAAAGGAAAGAAAGACUUAUGAAAGAGUGUAAAUUACGUGGUGUAGGCUGAGGGCACACUAAACACCUACCAAAAAAAAACUUAUUCAAACAUUUCACACAUUUUUCGUCUGACAUCUAACCAAACAUAAUGCCGAAAGUACGUACCCAAAUUACUUCUCGCGUUCAUACGGAAGUAGCAAAACAAGGAAUUAUAUUUAAUAAGAAUAAGGGUCAACAUAUACUAAAAAACCCUCUAGUUAUUCAAAGUAUGGUUGAAAAAGCUGCCCUCAGACCAACCGAUGUCGUGUUGGAGAUUGGUCCUGGUACGGGCAAUAUGACAGUAAAGCUGCUCGAGAAAGCAAAAAAAGUUAUAGCAUGUGAAAUCGACCCAAGGAUGAUUGCAGAAUUACAAAAACGUGUUCAAGGAACUAUACAGCAAUCUAAGUUAGAAAUAGUGCUUGGGGAUGUAUUGAAGUCAGAUCUACCUUUCUUUGACCUAUGUGUCGCCAAUAUCCCAUACCAAAUUUCAUCGCCGUUGGUAUUUAAAUUACUUUCACACAGACCACUUUUCAGAUGCGCUAUACUUAUGUUACAAAGAGAAUUUGCAGAGCGAUUAGUGGCUAAACCUGGAGAUAAAUUGUAUUGCCGCUUAAGUAUAAACACUCAACUGCUAGCACGAACAGAUAUGUUAAUGAAAGUUGGAAAAAAUAACUUUAGGCCUCCACCUAGGGUAGAAUCGAAUGUAGUAAGAAUCGAGCCGAGAAAUCCACCCCCACCCAUCAAUUACCAAGAAUGGGAUUGUUUAACACGAAUUGCUUUCAUGAGGAAAAAUAAAACACUGUCGGCAGCUUUCAAUCAAACUACAGUCAUUACUAUGUUACAGAAAAAUUAUAAGAUUCAUUGUAGUUUGAAUAAUAAGAUUAUACCAGAUAAUUUUGAUAUCAAGCAAUUGAUAAAUCAUAUGCUAGAAAAAACAGAUUCUAAGAAUAAACGAGCUAGAACUAUGGACAUAGAUGACUUCAUCAGGCUGGUCUGUUUCAGAUAAGUCCUGUACGAGCUGCAAUUGGCACCGCGGAGCAUCUUUUUUCAACAAGAUCUUGGGACGAAGACAAUAUCUCCGCUAUUUUUAAAUAUUUUCAGUUCAAAUUUAUUCUGAAACAUGUUCUAAGAAAUUUUGUAUUUUAAAGUAAAGAAAACUAAGAUUAAUUACAUACAUUACGUUUCGAAAAAAAAAAAAAAAAUCGAGAAAAGGCCUAUUUUUUACGUCUCUAGUAUGUAAUCCCUUAACUUCUAUGUAGAAAAUAUAUUAAUAUUUUUAUAAUGUACUUUUUUAGAUCUAUUUUUUUACUAAAGCUUUAAUUUAUACUUAAAAAAUUAGAAAACUUAAAUAUUUUUAUUUUAAUUUAGAUUUUUUUAAAGACAUUAAUUUCGUCAUCUUGAUCUCAUAUGUGGGUAAAAUGACUCAUCACAUUUAUUUUAUGAAAAUGUUAAACGUAAAAAAUAAAAAAUAUUAGUACAUUAGUAUAUACGUUAUUUUAUGCGUUAUUUUGCUUUAAUAACAUUAUAAUAAAUAUAAUUUUGUUAUACUAUAGAAAUUAUUCAAUUAAAAAACGAAAAUAUUUACUGUACAAUUGUCAUUCUUUAUAAACAAACACCAAAAAAUUACGUAUAGGACAUUUAAA